AAGGGAAAAAAAAGUAAGAAAGAGAAUAAAAAUGGGUUAAAGAAUGACUUUGUUUAUGUUAGUCAUGGCCGUUGUAAUAUAAGAAAUCCAUUCACCCUCCCACUCUUAAAAACCAGAUCAAAUUCCUUUGUGUGUUUUCUUUUUGGAAAUUUUAUUGGCCAUAAAGGAACUAUUGAUACGUUAGAAAGGAGGAGAAAUUUUCAAAUAUUUUGUGAAAAAUUUAGAUUUAGGAGAGUUAUGGAGAAGGAGAAGAGGAAAAGGAGCGAGAAAGAAAGGAAAGGAGGAGUAACAAUGGAGUCAACGAACAAGAAGAAGAAGAAGAAGGUGACGAAGGUAGAGGAAGAAGAAGGCGGCGUUGGCGAGGAAGAAGAGGAGGAAGUGGAGGAGUUCUUCGCUAUACUGAGGAGGAUGAAAGCGGUGGUUAAGUAUUUCAACAAAAGCGGAGGAAGCGAAGGGUGGAGGGCGGCGGUGGAGUCUGAGAAAACGGUUGCGGCAGUCGAUGAAGAUGACGAUGACGUCAAGGAUGGUAUCGAUAAUAACAACGAUAAUAAUAAUAAUAAUAAUAAUAACAGAAGGGAAGCCGUGGCGGAGAACGGUGCUUUGGACUUAAACGAAGCGCCGGAGGAAGAGGAAGAGGAAGAGGAGGAUCCGAUUAGCUGAUCAUGAAAACCGCCGCCGAACGGCGGUGGUUUAAUUCCAUAUGUAUUUUUUUUUUCCUUUUUAUUCUAAUUGAAGUUUUUUUUUUUUUUUAUGGACGUACGUACUUCAACUAAAUUUUAUUUUUAUAUGUUUAAGAAAAAUAGUAAAAAUACUUUCAUUUUCAUCCA